AUGACAAUUGACUGUGAUGUAUUGCAGGCUGAGCGUCUACUGGAGAAGGAGCGGCAGGAGGAUCAGAGGAGAAGGGAGGAGUUUGAGCAGGACCGCCUCAGGGUGAACGCAGCCUUUUGGACAAGCUUGAAGGUCAAGCCAGAGGGGCGAGAGAGAGCCAAAAUUGAAAGUACUCAGGAGGCAGAAAGUCAAGCCUCGUUGUCACACCUGAAACCAGAUCCAGAACAGAGCUGCUCCGGCUGGACAGAAGAAGCUGACCCACGGGCUGCGUAUGACCAGGCCCUGAUGAAGCUCAUCAAGAGCUUUCCAAACUGUGACAGAGACUUCCUAGAGGACAUCCUUACCCAGUGUAACAGGGAUUACGAGGAGGCGUCCACACUACUUAUCAGCACACUGAGUUGAACUUCAUGUAUUAUAAAUUCUUUCCCCCAUAAACACAACAAUUUACAACAGUUCCUACAGGCAUCUAGAGGGGAAAGAGUUAAUGAAGGAGCUGUUUGUCCUUAAUUUUCUGUUUGAAACUUUAGGCCAUGGGCCAAAUAAGCAUAUUUACUCAGGGUGAAGAUGGUAGAGAAUUGGCAAAGACAAAGUUUAUCUACUUUGAUGGUGGAUCAGUAUACAAAGCAGUAGGGACUACAAUGCAUUAGACUCCUCUGAAAACAUACCUACAUAAUAUGUGCUCUAUGGGAUCUGUUUUUGAUUAUGCUAUUAAUCACUGAGUGUUUGGUGUUGUGUAUCUGUCUGCAUUCAGUAGUGAGUCAUGUUGUGGUUUUGUCUUGACAUCGAGUAGAAUUGAUGCUCGUUUUUACCAGUUUGGUUAAAGGUCUUCGUAAUGACUCAAAAUCUUCAGCUCAUAUUUGGAGCUCUUGAUUAAAUCAGUGUGUGCAAAUGGAAGAAAGCACUAGCAACAUGCAUGAUGCUUUUGUUCUGUUUU